AUGCAUGUGAUCUUUCGUCUGUGUCAUGACUUUGCUUUCAUUUCAUGUCCUUCGUGCUGGUUGGUCGUUAAAGUUGGUUGCACGGAGACUUAUAUAACAUCUUCUAUAGACUCAUUAUUAUGCAACUCCUAG